UAUCAGCUCAGUUUUACAAUUGAUCCAGUUGCCAUUACAACACUAUAGGACAAGUAACCCAUUGGAAGUAGAAGAAGGUAUAAUACAGUAUCAUAGCGAUCAAUAUCAGAAAGGGACACAACGGUUUGAAAUACUUUACCAUUGAAAAGAAAUAGGACACUUGAAGAGAGAAGUAUGUCAAAACAAUAAUAACAAUGAGUCCCUUAACUUUGAAUGAUAUAAGAUUAUCAGAACUACUACAAACAGUACCGACAUUCUCCUUCUUCGAAGAACUUAUCAGCAUCCCAGCUGUCAAUACCCAGCUACUGCUGAGUGAUCUAUACAAGUUUAAUAAGAUAUUGAGUGAUAUAAUUGUAUAUCUAAGAGAUCUUCUAGAAAUUUUUCAUCAAAUCAAUCAAUCAGAUCUUAGUCUUAACAAUGAUUUACAAUGGUAUUUUGAAGGAAAGGAUGCAAUUCUUGAUUUAGAUCGGAAUUUGAAAAGUAUAGAUGAAAUCAUAAUGCAACUUCUUUCUGUCGUGGAGUCUGAUGGAAGAGAUAAUGUUAUAUCUUUAUUAGAUAAAUUUGAAGAAUCAAAUGGGUUAUUAUUAGAGGUCAAAAAGUUCGUCAUCACAUUUAAGAAGAGCUUGGAUUUAUCUAUUGUUUAUAGAGAGAUAAUUGAUACCAUUAAGAUAUUAACUGAAGAAACUGAAGAUUGUUUGAAACUGAUUGUUAGGUUAUCAAAGACAAAAAUAUCUAGUCCUAAUCGAGUAUUGCCCAAAUUUGAAUUAGAAACCAUUAUUUCAAAGAUGAGAAUAACUAAUUUAUUCUCAUUGAAUAAUUUAUCUAUGAGAUCAAUAAGAUUGCCUACAUUCAAUGACGAUGAUGAAAGUUUAUAUCAGGAAUAUUUACAAUUGGAAUCAAGAGUUGACCCAUUACAUAUUUCAUUGGAUAUUAUUCCAUUAAAGGUUGAAGACUUUAACAAGUUAUGUGUUGCUAAUAAUUCAUUUUCUAAAUCAAAACAACAUUUAUUUAAAACCUAUGAAAAAUUACAAGAUCGAUGGUUACAUUUAAAGAGCCAACAGAAAAUUCUUAAAAAGCAUAGCUUGGAUUCAAAAUGGAGUGAAGUCUUCCAAUAUUUAAUUAAAGAGAUCAUUGUCAAAUGUGACUUUAUAACAGAUGAAUUGUCAAGAAAUACAAUUAACGAUGAUAUUGUGAGUUCAUAUAAAUUAUGUUCCAAUUCAAUAAUAUUGAUAAAUAAAGCCUUUCAAGAAUCAAUACUUAGCGAACAAGAAAUGAAGUACUUGUUUAAUGAAAAGUUAUUACCCAAAUGGCAGACUGUUAAUGAGACAUUAGUUGAAAAAUCAUUUGAUCCACUGUCAGCUGGUAUUCCAUCGUAUGCCGCCGAUGUUCCUACUCCAAAACCAAAUCAACAAUUCGAUGAGAAUGGUUUAAAGAUAUUUCAAACGAAAAGAAGUAGGAAUGUCCUGGGUUCAAGUUUAUCUAGCGUCAAUUUAAACAAUGAUAUUGGUCUUGGUGUGAACCUUUGUAUAGGUAUCCAUCAAGCGACAACUUCAGUUCCAUUUAGUAUUCGAAAAGAAGAUAGAGUUAAAGACUUUUUCAGUCAUGAACAUCAUCCACCACCAACAACACGUAAUAUCAGAGAUUCUUUAUUAAGUCUUAAUGAUUUUGAUAUUUUUCAAGAUACUGAAGCUGAUGAUGAUGAGAAAACAUUGGUUUCAAAAACUCCAAGGAUUUCAAGUGGAUUUGAUAAUUUACAUCAAGAAAUUCAAAAAUUAAGAAUAAGUGAUAAGAAUGUAUCACGAUCAUCAACUUCAUCACACUUCACGUCUUCAAAAAGGUCGAUAAAACCUACCAAAUUGCCCAAAAUUGUACAUAAUUAUAUUGAAUUAGGUUAUCCAAUUCUUAAGAAGAGGCUAAUCACAGUGAAACCGAAAACAAGAAUCGCCAGUAUCAGUAUCUCCCAUCCAAUUUUCCAUUCACCAGAUAGACAAGGGAAUAGACAUUCCAAUUAUACAUCACCAAUGGUUCUACAAGUUCAAAAAGGACGUCUUAAUGCCACAAGAUUAGGUUCACCUGUCAGAGGUGCAAGAGUUGUAUCGGGAGAAAUCCUUACCGAAAACUUAAAUGUUUUCCGAAAGCCCAGUAGAAAUGCUGCUGCUACUAAUACCAUACGUUCAAGAAGUUCAUCAGUUGGCUCUGCUAAAGGUGGUAAUAUAAGCUCCCUUCAAACUAUGAAGAUUCCUAACUUGACUUAUACAAGUCCACCAGCUCAAUUCAAUAGUACUUCUCCUGAAAGACCAUCCUCUUCACUUGGAUCUCGAUUUGAUGAUGAACACUUGCUACAAACCACAACCAAAAACGUUAAAUCAAAAUGGAAGUGAAAUUAAUAAUUCAUAUUCUGCAUUAAAAUUGUAUUCUAUGUACAUGUACUACUUAUCUAAUUAGUUUAGAACACCUACGAUGUGUGUAGUAUUAUAAUAAAUAAAUAUUCCUAAUAUUUUAUGAUGAUUCAUCAGGUUUAUUUCCACUAUCUCGUUUCAUAGUCUUACUAGUGAAUCCAUCCAAGUAGAAAUCUUUACCAAAUAUCUUAUAAUUCCAACUAUUCUUUUCAACUUCCCAUUUCUCUUUCUCACCGUAUUUUCUAAUCUCAUGAUUCUCCAUUAUCUCACCUUCCCUAACUUUCUUGGUGGACUUCCCUUCUAACCUUCUAUACAACUCAUAAGUCGAUAUGAAGAUUAUCGGUAUCGAUAGAAGAAUAAGAUGUA